AUGCCACCACUCUCCUGCACAGGGACGCUGCCCAAUAUCGCCCGCAACGCCAUUGUCAACUGCGGGGAGCUCGUCACCUACGACCUCAUUAAGGACGCACUGCUGCGGGCACAGCUGAUGACAGACAAUGUCCCCUGUCACUUCGUGGCCGCUUUUGGGGCCGGUUUCUGCGCCACGGUGGUGGCGUCACCGGUGGACGUGGUGAAGACGCGGUACAUGAACGCCGGCCCCGGGCAGUACCGGAACGUGCUCAGUUGCAUCCUAACCCUGCUCAUGCAGGACGGCCUCGCCGGCUUCUACAAGGGAUUCGUCCCUUCCUUCCUGCGGCUCGGCUCCUGGAACGUGGUGAUGUUCAUCUCCUACGAGCAGCUGCAGCGUGCCGUGGCGCUGGCACGGCCAGCCCGGUCCUGA